CUCCGCCCACACUCCGUGGACCGCGGCCGGCGGUCGAGGGGCGGGGCGCGCCCGGAGGAGCGGCUCUCGGGAGCGGGAGGGGGUUUUGCCGCGGAGUUACGGGAAAGUUGCUCGGAGUUCCUGGAGUUCCGCUCCUCUGCUCCCGGGCUCGGCGGCCGGUUCCCCUGGCUCCUUCUCUCCCUCUGGCUCUCGCCGCCCACCGGGCCCUUCCUUGUGCCCCCGGCCGCCAUGGAGCAGCCGCCCGCACCCAAGAGUAAGCUGAAAAAGCUAAGUGAGGACAGUUUGACUAAGCAACCAGAAGAAGUUUUUGAUGUCUUAGAGAAACUUGGAGAAGGGUCUUAUGGAAGUGUAUUUAAAGCUAUUCAUAAGGAAUCUGGUCAAGUUGUGGCAAUUAAACAAGUACCAGUUGAAUCUGAUCUUCAGGAAAUAAUCAAAGAAAUUUCCAUAAUGCAACAAUGUGACAGCCCAUAUGUUGUGAAGUACUAUGGCAGUUACUUUAAGAACACAGACCUCUGGAUUGUUAUGGAAUACUGUGGAGCUGGCUCUGUCUCAGAUAUAAUUAGAUUACGGAACAAGACAUUAACAGAAGAUGAAAUUGCAACUAUUCUUAAAUCUACUUUGAAAGGACUAGAAUAUUUACACUUUAUGAGAAAAAUCCACAGAGAUAUAAAAGCUGGAAAUAUUCUCCUCAAUACAGAAGGACAUGCAAAAUUAGCAGAUUUUGGAGUAGCUGGUCAGUUAACAGAUACAAUGGCAAAACGUAAUACUGUGAUAGGAACUCCAUUUUGGAUGGCACCUGAGGUAAUUCAAGAAAUAGGCUAUAACUGUGUGGCUGACAUCUGGUCCCUUGGCAUCACUUCUAUAGAAAUGGCGGAAGGAAAACCUCCUUAUGCCGAUAUACAUCCAAUGAGGGCUAUUUUUAUGAUUCCCACAAAUCCACCACCAACAUUCAGGAAGCCAGAACUUUGGUCUGAUGAUUUCACCGAUUUCGUUAAAAAAUGUCUAGUGAAGAAUCCUGAGCAAAGAGCUACUGCGACACAACUUUUACAGCAUCCUUUUAUCAAGAAUGCAAAACCUGUAUCAAUUUUAAGAGACCUGAUUACAGAAGCUAUGGAGAUCAAAGCCAAAAGACAUGAGGAACAGCAGCGAGAGUUGGAAGAGGAGGAUGAAAAUUCGGAUGAAGAUGAAUUGGAUUCUCACACUAUGGUAAAAACAAGCUCGGAAAGUGUGGGCACCAUGCGGGCCACAAGCACGAUGAGUGAAGGGGCCCAGACCAUGAUCGAGCAUAACAGCACCAUGCUGGAGUCUGACCUGGGAACCAUGGUUAUAAACAGUGAAGAUGAGGAAGAGGAAGAUGGAACUAUGAAAAGGAAUGCAACUUCACCACAGGUACAGAGACCAUCUUUCAUGGACUACUUUGAUAAACAAGAUUUCAAGAACAAGAGUCAUGAAAACUGUAAUCAGAAUAUGGAUGAACCCUUCCCUAUGUCCAAAAAUGUUUUUCCUGACAACUGGAAAGUUCCUCAAGAUGGAGACUUUGACUUUUUAAAAAAUCUAAGUUUAGAAGAACUUCAGAUGCGGUUAAAAGCCCUGGACCCCAUGAUGGAACGAGAAAUAGAAGAGCUCCGUCAGCGAUACACUGCAAAAAGACAGCCCAUUCUGGAUGCAAUGGACGCGAAGAAAAGAAGGCAGCAGAACUUCUAAGUCUGUGAUUUCCUCUCUGUUGAUUUCUUCAGCUGUUCUGGAGACCAAGAAACCACUGGGGAUUAAAGGACUAUCACGGUGUUUUUAAUCCCUAAGAUUUGUGCUCUACCACUCGGCAACAACCAAAAACUAAUGAUGGUGCCUACCCAAGUCAAUUCCCAAAAGCUACAAUUUACAACUGUGGCCACUGUUUCUUCAUUCUUAAGUAAUGAAAACAAUAGAAAAGUAUUAUCUGUCUGCCAGCUUCAUACCAGCACUAAAACUACUGAAAAACGAAGGCUAUGUUUUGAGACCCUAAAAAUCCAAAGCUGUUGUUUAAUUGUACAGCACUGAAAGACUUUUUACUACAAUAUUCCUUAUUCUUAUCUGGUAGCCUAUUUAUUAUAUCCCCAUAGAUGAACUUAUUUAUUUAUACUACUUCGCUUUUUUUAAGUAAAAGAUGAGGACAGCUUUGGUGAAGGUAGGAACUGAUUAGUAGUUGAUAAUAUACAAUCAAAAUUUCGUGAUUUAACCAGGGAGUUGUGGGAUGCCUUCCUUGAUUUCCAGAAUAGUUCUUCAACAGAAGCAAAGCAGUAACAGCCAGUAGUUCCCAAAUGGGCCAGGCAUUUUUGUGUACUGAAACAAUAAUUCCAUUUUUACCUCUUGGAAUUUUAAUUUUUAAAUUUCUAAUCUUUGGUACAAAUAGAACUAUAUAUUUAGGUCAGACAGAGUUAUACUAUAUUCAAAACCAAAGAAAUCAAUAAAACCCUUGCAUUAAAAAAAAUCCAUGGUAAAUAUUUUAAAAGAAAUCCUUAAGACAAAUAUAAUGUGUUAAUAUUAUUCCAUGUCUAGGUCUGAGAGCUAACCUGUAUCAAACUGUAAUAAGCACAUCAAAAUUAUUUCUCUGAAAAUGUGUUCAGGUGUCACAGGAAUUCCUUGUUGAUUUACUGCACCAUGCAAACCUCGGGGACAGGAAAAAAAAUCAUUAAAAAGAAACUCAUUUCUAUGCUGAAUGAACAUUUGCAUGAUUGAACUGGGACCAUUCAUUUCCUAAACUACAUAUGGCCAUUUGACAGUGUUGAUUCUUUUGUGUGUUUAAUUGCUCUGUUUAAAUCAUAAAAACAAAUAAAUUUUUCUGUGCCACCCAA